AUGUGGAAACAUCUCUUCUCUAACGGGUUUAAAGGUGAACAACAAAAUGCAUCCUCUAAGAACUUGAUACUUUCAGUUUUGAAUUCCACAACUACGAAACGAGAGGCUAAAGACUAUCUAUCCAAAUACACAAAUGAACCUCAAAUUGUCAAUCACUGCCUCCUCUUUAUCCGACAUUUACAAUCCUAUUCCCCACAAACAUUAAGUAGGUUGUCCAAUUCCAUUAAGAGGCUUCGAAUGCUGGGGUUAAGACCAGUAUGCAUAAUUCCACCAACGCAUAGGAAUCUAGUUAUGAAACAAUCUGAGUUGUUGGACAAAAUCAUCACAGAUGCUCAAUUGCAUCCACUGCAUUUAAAGGAAGGUCUAUCAAAGUCAAGAACUGGGUUAUUCCAUUCAGUACUGUCAUCUGAAGCGAAAUUGUUUGAUGGUACCAUUGUCGAUAUGGUUCCCAUUAUUAAACCGUAUAUUUAUAACGAGGAAACAGCGUCAGAGUAUAUGGCUAAAGAUGUAGUAAAAUUCAUGGAUCAUUUGUCUCAAAAUGUUACUACCCACAUAGAUAAAUUCUUUAUUUUGAACAGAAUUGGUGGUAUUCCCUCCAUUGAACGAUAUGAUAAUUCGCAUGUCUUCAUUAAUUUAUCACAAGAAUAUGGAUCGUUGAAUUCGGAACUAACGAGACAAUUGCAAGUUCUUGCAUUGAGAGAACCAGAAUCAGAUCAUCUUCUACAUAGAAUGGAGCUAUUCGCAAAAGAAAGUGAAAUUGUAUCACAGGAAAUGAAGGUGAAAGAACAUCUCCAAGAUUUACAAUUAAUGGAUGCUGUAUUAUCUAAUUUAUCACCAUCCUCUACAGGUCUGAUUACCCCCGUAAGUAGUGCCGCGUUAUCCUCUGAUACAAAGAAUCCAUUGGUUUACAAUUUAUUGACAGAUCGUUCAUUGAUUUCCUCUUCGUUACCUAGAUUCAAAAAACAUGAAGUUUAUGAACUGGAAGAAGAGGAACUGGAAGAGUCACCAAAUGAGCAACUUGAUCCCAUAUUUGUCACCACUGUAUUAAAGAAAGGUGUGAAUAUUAAAGUAUUUGAUUUCUCUUCACUAACGCAGCAUAAUACUCUAGGAUUGCCAGAGGAAUUCUAUGUCAAUACCAAAACUCCAGAUUUAAGCUCUUCCUUGAAGUUGGACUUGAGCAAAAUGAAAGAUCUUAUCGAUGCUAGUUUCCGCCGCUCUAUAAAUAUGUCUGAUUUCUUAAAACGAAUAAACGGGAAAAUUGCAUCAAUUAUUGUCAUUGGGGAUUAUGAAGGAAUAGCUAUUUUAACCAAAGAGGGACCGGAUGAAAGGCCGUUUGUUUAUCUAGAUAAAUUUGCUGUAAAACCCAAAAUGAAGGGAUCACUUGGGAUUUCUGAUAUCAUAUUUAAUCUGAUAUUCAAAAAGUUUCCUGAAGAAGUUGUUUGGAGGAGCAGGAAGGAUAAUGUAGUAAAUAAAUGGUAUUUCCAAAGAAGCGUUGGUGUUUUUGAUUUGUCUUUAAAUCUAAAUUCUGCUUCCGCAAAUGAGAAAGAUCAAAAAGAUAGUCUAUUUGAGUUAUUUUAUUAUGGGGACCCUGAGAUCAGUGAUAAGAACUUUAAUAAUAUUGAAAGAUUGAAAGAAUACGCCAAAUAUGUAAGAGAUAUCCAACCAAGUUGGGAUAAAUGA